AUGGCCACCAGCGCCUCCGAAGUCCGCGCAGAUGACGAUGAAGUCGACUCUACCCUAGGCGAAGACGCAACGACGCUCACGGAGUCUCUCCGCUCGAGCCUGCUGGAAAGCGUGCGUGAGAAUGGCAGAGGCUACCACCGCUUCGACAGAACCGUGGACGGGAACUAUUGGCUUCCCGAAGACGAGAUGGAGCAGGCGCGUCUCGUCCUGCAGCACGAGCUGUGGUUCCGUACGUUCGGGGGCAGGCUGUUCACAUCACCCAUCAAGAAGGAGAAGAUCAAGCAGGUUCUCGAUCUCGGCACCGGCACCGGCAUAUGGGCCAUCGAAAUGGCCGACGCGCACCCCUCGGCCACCGUCACCGGCGUGGACCUCUCGCCCAUCCAACCCAACUACGUACCACCGAAUCUCAAGUUCGAAAUCGACGACUUCAACAACGACUGGACCUUCACGCAGAAAUUCGACCUGAUCGUCGGCCGCUGCUUAGUCGGCGCUUCCGGAAACUAUCCCCGACUCUUCCAGCAAGCCCUCACCUACCUCUCCCCCAACGGCUACCUCGAAAUGAUCGACAUCGAAGGCAUCAUCACCUCAGACGACGACACGCACGUCUCCACCGCCGCCGAAGCCUGGUCCGCACGCCAGCAAGAGGCCAUGCGGCGCGUGGACCGCGACCCGCACGCGCCCGCCAAGUACGCCGCGUGGAUGCGCGAGGUCGGGUUCGUCGAUGUCGAGGAGCGCCGCUACAAGUGGCCCGUGGGGAGUUGGCCCAAGGACAAGUAUUACAAGGAUAUUGGGAGGAUGCACGGGGUGAAUUUCUUGGCCGGGCUCGAAGGGUUCACGCUGCGGUUGUGGACGGGGGUACUGGGGUUGAGUUUGGAGGAGACGCAGGUCGCGCUCGUGAAUGUGCGGAAGGAUGUGAAGAAUCCGAGGAUUCAUUUGUAUUGGCCUGUGUGA